AUGGCAAGGUUGGAAAGAAUGGUUGAACUGUUGACCGAGGCCCUAAGGCAACAACAGAACCAACAGCCCCCACCUCCUCCAGUACCAGAACCGAAUACCAAUGAUGAUGUAAUUGCUUUGACACAGAAGUUCAACAAAGUGAAGCUACCAACAUUCCAAGGAGGUCUUAAGCCAUUAAAGUCUGAAGCAUGGGUUUUAGAAACCGAAAAGUUGUUCGAAGUGUUUCCUUGUUCGGAGGCACACAAAGUAUUACUGGCUACCUUUGCCUUACAAGAAGAGGCUAGACGGUGGUGGAUGCUCAUUCGUGAUACAAACAAUGUUAUGACUUGGGCUCAGUUUAAAGAAGCCUUUUUUAAGAAAUACUUUCCCCAGUGCGUCCGAGACCGCAAGGUAACUGAAUUUGAACAGUUGAAGCAGGGCACCAUGUCAGUAGCAGAGUACGAAUCUAAGUUCAUUGAACUCGCUCGACACGCACCACACAUGGUUGAUACUGAUUAUAAAAAGGGCAGGAAGCUUGAAGGUGGGCUUAAUGUAGAGAUACUUGAUCGAAUCAAUGUUUUGAAACUACUCAAAUAUGUAGAUGUCCUUGACUGA